CAACGGGAGGCAUGGGCCUUACCAGUUUCUUAAUUUCUUUUCAUAUGGAUUGCUACCACGUCAUCUUUAGUAGUGGGCCCAGUCCAACUCACCAAAUUAUGCCACCUCAGCCCUGACUAGUGGGUCCUGCUUGUGAAAUUCCCUGUCAAUUCGUGUUUAGUUCGCGUUUAGUGUAUUCCGCAAAAAACUUUACAAAAUCUGGUAGAUUUUUGUCCCGCAAACGUAAACUGGUGGUAUACGGUAAAUUUCACCAUCAAAGUGGUGGUUUUAUGCUAUUCACUCACUUCAACGCCAUGGGCGCCGAGUUGGCUAAAAUUUCACAUCUCUCGUACGAGGAGAAGUUGGACUUCGUCAGUAAGAAUAUGGAACGAUUCAAGAAGCCUAAUGCCUUUGGAAGAUUCCCCAACAAAGGCAAGGCCAAAGCCAAAGAAGAGGAAGAGGAAGAGGAAGAGAAGAGCCAUGUGGAGGAUGAGAAUGAAGAGGAGGAGAAGAGCCAUGUCGAGGGUGAGAAUGAAGAGGAGGACACGGAGAGCGAUUCUGAAGAUGAGGAGGACGAGAUGGAUGAGGAUGAGUUGAUGGUUAAUAACACUAAGCGUGCUACUGAUGGACAGCUUCAAGUCCCUCAUGAAGGUGAACGAGAGUGCAAGAAGCCAAGAUAUGCACAAGGUUCUAGCUAGUUUCCAGGCUGAGGAUGCCGCAUUUAGUCGGUAAUGCUUUUUGUGUAAACACUUGUGCAGUGUCAUGUGACGACCUUGUUUCUUCAAAGGUCAAAUUUUCUUCUUCAAACUAGUGAAUUUAUAGUCUGAU